AUGUUCCACUGUUUCACCAACAGGAAGACAGAGGUGCUGAGGAACUUCCUGGGACAAACUUAUUGGAAAUCAUCUCUGGAUGAUUUCCUAAAUAGAGCCAUGGAGAAAUCCCUCCAAAGUAAAACUGGCCACCUGGACCUGUUUGUCCGCUUCCUUUAUGGCCUCUGUCUGCAAUCUAAUCAGAGACUCUUAGGUGGUCUGCUGGGUCAGACAGAGAAUAUUCCAGAAAUAUUCAAGAAAGCCAUUCAGAACCUGAAGAAGAAGAACAGUUAUGAAAUAUCUCCUGACAGAAGCAUCAACAUCUUCCACUGUCUGAUGGAGAUGAACGACCUCUCAGUAUAUCGGGAGAUCAAGGAAUUCAUCAAGUCAGAGAACAUAUUAGGGGAUCUCUCUAUGAUCCACUGCUCAGCCCUGGCCUUCAUGCUGCAGAUGUCAGAGGAGGUUCUGGAUGAGUUGGACCUGCAGAAGUACAACACAUCACAGCAGGGGCGACAUAGACUGAUUCCAGCUGUGAGGAACUGCAGAAAAGCUCAUCUGGCUGAGUGUGAACUCUCACCAACUCACUGUGAAGUUGUGGCCUCAGCUCUGAAGUCCAACCCCUCCCAUCUGACAGAGUUGGACAUGAGUGAAAACAACCUGCAGGACUCAGCAGUGAAGCUUCUGUGUGCUGGACUGGAGAGUCCAAACUGUCGACUGGAGACUCUGAGAUUGAGCAACUGUGGUUUGUCAGAGAUCAGCUGUGAUUAUCUGGCAGCAGCACUGAAAUCCAACCCCUCCCAUCUGAGAGAUGUGGACCUGAGUAAGAACAACCUGCAGGAUUCAGGAUUGAAGCAGCUGUGUGAUUUUCUAGAGAGUCCAGGAUGUGGACUUGAAACUCUGAGAUUGAAGCACUGUGGUUUGUCAGAGAUCAGCUGUGAUUAUCUGGCAGCAGCACUGAAGUCCAACCCCUCCCAUCUGAGAGAGCUGGACCUGAGUAAGAACAGCCUCCAGGAUUCAGGGGUGAAGCAGCUGUGUCGUUUUCUGGAGAGUCCAGGAUGUGGACUUGAAACUCUGAGGUCGGUUGGCAUGUUUUAGUUGUGCUGAGAUGAAUAUGAUGUGAAAGUUGUGCUGACACUAAACUGCAGACAUCAGGCUGAUAUUAUACUGAUCCACACUGAGGAUCUUCAUGGUAAAGUGUGUUUUCUUCUUCUUUGGUUUUGUUAUUUGGAAGUUCGGAGCUUUUAAAAACUGGGACUUGUUUUUCUCUCAUUUCUGUAUGGGCAGGGCUCAGGCAGCUUCACCCACACAGUGACAAUGAAGCAGGUGAAGAGUAGACUGGACUUCUUUAAGUUUCUUGAAGACGUUUCAACUCUUAUCCGAGAAGCUUCUUCAGUUCUAAGAGCAAAUGGUGGAGAGUCCCAGAUUUUAAGCCCUAUGGGAGUGUCCCCCAAGAGGGACAUGGACACCCUAUUGAUCCUCUACCUAAUCACACGAGCCAAGGUGUGAAAACUGGGUGCGGGUCACAAUCACCCAAGGUUUCGGGUGAACCCAUAGUGAAACCUAGCCCCACCCUAUCAUGUGAGGUCCUGAGGCCCAGGAUGUGAGUG